AUGGCGCCGAAGAAGAAGGGAGAUGUUCCGGAGGAGAAGCCCAUCCUGGGCCGCUUCAGGUCGCACCUGAAGAUGGGAAUCGUCGGCUUGCCGAACGUGGGGAAGUCCACGCUGUUCAACACGCUGUCUAAGCGUGGGAUCCCGGCGGAGAACUUCCCGUUCUGCACCAUCGAGCCCAACGAAGCGCGCAUCAACAUCCCGGACGACCGCUUCGACUGGCUCGUGGAGACGUACAAGCCCAAGAACGCGGUGCCGGCGUGCCUGGAGGUGUGGGACAUCGCGGGGCUGGUCAAGGGGGCGUCGGAGGGCCAGGGCCUCGGCAACGCGUUCCUGUCCAACAUCAGCGCGGUGGACGGCAUCUUCCACGUGUGCCGCGCGUUCGAGGACGCGGAGGUGGUGCACGUGGAGGACCGCGUGGACCCCGUGGAGGACCUGGCCAUCAUCCACGCGGAGCUGCGCGCGAAGGACCUGGAGCGCGUGAACGGCGAGAUCGAGCGGAUAAACAAGGGCAAGAACCGCGGGCUGAGCAAGGAGGAGAAGGAGAACCUGGAGACUGGCGCGCGCGUGGUGGAGCUGCUCGAGAGCGGCAAGGACGUGCGCUUCGGGGAGUGGUCGCAGAAGGACGCGGACUGGCUCAACCAGCUCCAGCUGCUCACGGCCAAGCCCGUCGUGUACCUCGUCAACCUCUCCGAGCGCGACUACCUGCGCAAGAAGAACAAGUGGCUCCCGAAGAUCGCCGAGUGGGUCAAGGCCAACGGCAACGAGCCCGUGAUCCCGUACUCGGGCGCGCUCGAGUCGGACAUCUGCGAGAUGGAGCCCGAGCAGCAGGCGGAGCACCUCAAGGGCCUGGGCGACAACGUGACGUCGAUGUUGCCCAAGAUCAUCAAGACCGGCUUCCAGGCGCUGAAGCUGAUCUACUUCUUCACCGCGGGGCCGGACGAGGUCAAGUGCUGGACGAUCCGCAAGGGCACCAAGGCGCCCGGCGCGGCGGGCACCAUCCACACCGACUUCGAGCGCGGGUUCAUUUGUGCCGAAGUCAUGACGUACAGCGACCUCAAGGAGCUGGAGACCGAGGCGCAGGUCAAGGCGAACGGGAAGAUGCGCCAGCAGGGCAAGGAGUACGUCGUGAGCGACGGAGACAUCUGCCUGUUUAAGUUCAACGUCACGGCCAAGGGCAAGUAG